AUGGGUCCUCCAAAUCGAAACACAUAUCUUGAAUACAAGCGAAACACCGCUAGGCUUAUCUGCUGGGUCGUCACGACAGCAACUAAUGUUUCAAAGAAUCUCGGACUAGAUUCAUCCUCAGUAGUUGUAGAUCCUACUCUUCCACCUACUCCUCCAGUUUCUCCAGUAGCUACAAAAAGAGUCAAUGGAAAUAAUGGAAAGGGCAAACACAGAAGAAAAUCUCAGCCUCAGUCUCCUUCCCCCACGGUCACCGAUGACCUCACUUCUAGUGCGAGUCCAGAAAUCACUGCGAACAAGCUUGUAUCUCUAUCGAAAUUUAUUUCUUCCUCGUCUAUGAAAGCUGUGCCAUCGACAGUUUACAGCCUUUUUGAAUCUGUCAUUCGGUCUAGAACCGACGCAUAUAAUUUCUGGCUUGAUAUAGACUUUGCAAAUCCGUCUAAAGAAACCCAGAACUCUAACAAGGGCCAUAAAGCAUUUAUCGAUGCGCUCCAGGCGGCAUUCGAAACCCUCGGCGGGCUAGAAUGGAAGCUCAAAUGCAACGCCGAGCGGGAGCAGAAGCUCAAGGAAACCGCAACUAACAAGAUAGGCCCCGUACCGAAAUCAAAGGAGCUCGAGCUGGAUAACAUGUUCGGCGGCCUCGAGAUCGACGACAUAACUUCUGGCGGCGAAAACGAGGAUCCCGGGGGGAACCAGAAUGAGUGGCUUAAGAACAUUGUCCCGAAGCAGAACAAUGGUCAGAAGAAAGGCGCAUCAAAGGCUCGGAAGUCUUCUGCACAGAAGGCUGCGGAUUCGCAGGCUCGGAGGUUGGAGAAUUACAAGAUUAAGAGUGAUUCUGAGGCUUUGUUCGCUGCGUUUUGUUUUAUGAAGGACCUUUUUGAUCUUCGGAGCUACAUUGCCGGUGUAUGGCAGGAAGUUGCCAAUGAUACAUUGAACACUGCCGUUGCAGGUGCUCUCAGCAACCUGGCAGCAGGGAUGGUCAAACAGCUGCAGUUUGAUAUCGCUGCAGACUUCCCACAGUGUAAAAAUUUCCAGUCCAUCAUUGAUUUACUCAUUCCUGGGAAUGCAGAGUAUAAGUCUCUGACCGGCAAGACUGCGGCCGGCUGUUCAGAGGAAACACGGGCAAAUGGUGAUAAAACGAACAAGGCUGGUGGUGGGACUGCAAAGCAUAUGCCGGCCUUCAACGGCCUUGAUAUCACUGAAGGUUGCCUGAUAAAUGCGUAUCGAGAUCUUGUCACGUUCAUCAUCGACUAUCGUAAAGGUCGCAAUUGCAAACCAACACCACCUAUUGCUGCUCUCAAGUGGGACCCCAACUUAGAUCUUCAUCAAUGCACUGAUGAUGAACGAAGAAAAUGGAGAUCCGAUUUCGCUAUCAUGUGGCUCUACGACAUGGUGAACCAGUUUGCAUCUUCGCGGUUGACAGCAGAUAAACAAGUGCAACCACUUGAAACAGUGGAUUGGAAAUCUGCAAAGUUUGGCCGGCGAGUUUUGUUUGGUCCCAGCGAAUUCUCAGGAGAGGUGACGCAGUUAGCAAUGUCACUUAAACAUAGCCCUCUCAUCGAGGAGAUCCAGCCACAUAUGGUCUUCCAAGUUCAGGUAAUGAUGGACUCCAUGACGACUUUCAAACAGUGGCACUUCCACCUCCCCUCUUCGAUCGCAUCACAGCGUACCAUUUUUGGCCCUGAUGUUCCAUUCGAGCUAGGUCGGCACAUGGAGGAUAUGGAGGCUUUUAAAGAGGACUUCAUCCCCGGAUCUGAGUUGCUCAUGAAAGAAUUCAAGAAAACCGACCCAGAACGUUGGGAAUUCCCGAUUAGGAAUGUGCCUCCAUUGGUUUCUGAGAUUGGGAUUGUCCUUGGCGAUUCUCUUCUCUCUCGAUUGACCCACCGUGCAUUUCAAUCCCGGUUCCUUGACACAAAUAGGAAUGGGUUAUGGGUGUAUUGUCCAUGGAUUUGUGGGGUAGGUCUUGCGCAGGCACUCAAUGUUGUUUUUGAUUGGGGUAGAAUCCUAUGGGAUAAUUCAGGUAUCUCAUUAGCAAUGUUCCACUUCUAUAACAUCCUCCUAGCAAAUAAACACCUCAAAGAACCUAUGCCUUUAUUCGAGGGUCUUCUUGAGAUCUUCAGUAAUCAGGUCUUUCGCGGCGGUCGUCGCCCUCGUAACAACUUCUUUAAGUACUGGAACGCCGCCUCUGGCGUGAAAGCCCAAUACUUCGCUCCUCCAUCGACAAAGCGUCUCCGUAAGGGCGGGGGCGUGGUCAAUGAUGGUGUUGAAACCAGCAUGUGGCGCCGCCAUGUCCGUACUUUUGACGAAUUAUCUAAGCUCGCUUUACUCGGGGAUGCAGACUGGAUACCCGAUAAAGUAGACCGUACAAAAUUCCCAGCCCUCAUUGCCCAGCAACAGUUGGUGUCAGGAUAUAAGGGAAAACGGCACCUUCGCGAAACAAACACUUCGUUUCUCUCUGCAAUUAAGAAAGACCUCGAGUCUGAUCUCACUGGUCCUGUUCCCUUUAGUGGCCUCAACUUUCUCCUCAUAUUGUGGUUUUUCAACGGGUUAUUCCGAAAGGUAUACGAAGGAACCUUGGAACAUCCCAUCUCACAAGCACAUCCACUAGAUGCACACGGUAAAUGGCAGGAUACGGUAUUGUACCUUGCAUUAUUUCCAGUAUUAGCGGAGGACCAACUUGGAAGUCGCCUAGAUAAUGAUCUUCUAAAAUGUAUGGCCGAGAUUUUCGAGGAUGAGAUGGACGGAUUUGAGCUGAGCGAUUUUGUCUACUUCGAUGAGAGAAGAUCUAGGGUGAAAGAGAGAUCAGAAGAAGACGAUGAGCCAGGGUGGAGGGAUUUUGAGAAGUUUAUCGUUAGGGGCGGAUUCUUCAAGGAUGAAGAUGAUCAGAGUGACGGUGAAUAUUAA